ACCAAGGUGGUCUUCCUCAACACCCAGCUCUCCCGCCUGGAGCCCGAUGCCUUCGGGGGGCUGCCCGGGCUCCGGGACCUGGAGAUCACCGGCAGCGCCUUUCACAGCCUCAGCGCUGACAUCUUCUCCCACCUGGCCUCGCUGGGCAAGCUCACCCUCAACUUCAACAGGCUGGAGGCGCUGCCCGGGGACCUCUUCCGCCACGUGGACGCCCUGCAGUCCCUCCAGCUGCAGGGCAACCGGCUGCAGACGCUGCCCACCAGGCUCUUCCAGCCGCUGUCGCGCCUGGAGACCCUCAACCUGGCCCAGAACCUGCUGGCCCAGCUGCCCGACGAGCUGAAAAAACUCUCCCUCCUGCCCCCGCGCCUGUUCGCGGGCCUGGGCAGCCUGCGGGAGCUCUUCCUGGACGGCAACUCCAUCUCGGAGCUGCCCCCCGCCGUGUUCUCGCAGCUCUUCCGCCUGGAGAAGCUGUGGCUGCAGCGCAACGCCCUGGGCCACCUGCCGCCCUCCGUCUUCUCCUCGCUGGGCAGCCUGACCUUCCUGAACCUGCAGGGGAACGCGCUGCGGGUGCUGCCCGCGGGCCUCUUCGCCCACAGCCCGGGCCUGGCCGGCCUGUCCCUGUCCCACAACCAGCUGGAGACCGUCCCCGAGGGAGCCUUCGCCGGGCUGUCCAACCUCAGCUCGCUGACGCUCUCUCACAACGCCAUCGCCUACCUCCCGGCCGGCGUCUUCAGGGACCUGACCGAGCUGGUCAAGCUCUACCUGGGCAGCAACAACCUGACGGCGCUGCACACAGACCUCUUCCAGAACCUGACCAAGCUCGAGCUGCUCAGCCUCUCCAGGAACCUGCUGGCCACGCUGCCCCCGGGCAUCUUCGACACCAACUACAACCUCUUCAACCUGGCCCUGCACGGCAACCCCUGGCAGUGCGACUGCCACCUGGCCUACCUCUCCAGCUGGCUGCGCCAGUACAGCGACAGGCUCUUCAACAUCCAGACCUACUGCGCGGGCCCCGCCUACCUGAAGGGCCAGGUGGUGCCCGCCCUGAAGGAGGAGCAGCUGGUGUGCCCGGUCACCCGAGACCGCGUGGGCUACCAGGCCCCGGGGCUGGAGGACAGGGAGCCCGGGGACAGCUGGGAUCUGGUUGCGGAGGACCGGGCAGCCCGGAAACGGUGCACCUACAGCAACCCCGAAGGCACCGUGGUGCUGGCGUGUGACGAUGCCCAGUGUCGCUGGCUGAACGUCCAGCUGUCGCCCAGGGAGGGCUCAGGCUCCCCGGGAAUGACGCACAACGCCGCUCAGGGGUGGGAACUGAAGUCGAGCUGCGGCUCUGUGAGGGUCACUGUGUCUAUUGAGGCUCGGCCAGGGGACCCCUAGGUGCAGGGUAGACAGAGCCCGGAGCCUCGUGGCCUCUGGGGCCUGACCAAGCAAGAGGUGGGGGCACAGGGAAAGCUGGAGCUGGGUUUUCAGAUGCCAAGGAGGGAGGUCCAUGGCCGAGGUGGAGGAGGCCACGCCCACCCUCAGCGUCUCCUCCUCCUCAUCCUUCAUCUCCCCCUCUGAGUCUGAGACCUGAACUUCCUUAAGCGUUGCAAAGCAGACAUUAAAGCUGCAUCAUGGCCUGGAGAAUAAAAUAAGGCCACUCCCCUGG